AUGAAGAUCGAGAAGUUUGGCGAUCUGAUCUUGAAGGCGACCCAGCCUGAGAUGGUGCUCUUCAACCUCUACGAUGACUGGCUGAAGUCCAUCUCCUCGUACACUGCCUUCAGCCGAAUGAUCCUGAUCUUGCGUGCGCUGCACGUGAAUCCGGAUCGCACAAAGGUCAUCCUGAAGCCUGACAAGACUACUGUCACGCAGCCGCAUCACGUGUGGCCGAGUCUCACUGAUGACGAGUGGAUCCACGUUGAGGUGCAGCUCAAGGAUCUGAUCCUGGCAGACUACGGCAAGAAGAACAACGUCAACGUGGCUUCGCUCACCCAGAGUGAGAUUCGCGACAUCAUCCUCGGAAUGGAGAUCGCGCCUCCAUCCAUCCAGCGACAGCAGAUUGCUGACCUCGAGAAGCAGGGCAAGGAGAUGUCUCAGAUCACAACCAUUACCUCGAAGACCACGAACGUGCAUGGCGAGGAGAUGAUCGUGACCACAGGCUCACCCUACGAGCAGCAGACCUUUGCCUCGCGCACUGAGUGGCGUGUCCGUGCCAUCAGCGCAUCAUCGCUGCACCUGCGAACGAACCACCUGUAUGUCAACAGUGAAGACAUCCGGGAGACCGGCUACACGUAUGUUAUGCCGAAGAACAUCCUGAAGACCUUCAUUUGCAUCAGUGACCUUCGUACGCAGAUUGCGGCCUACCUCUAUGGCAUUUCGCCACCAGACAACCCACAGGUGAAGGAGAUUCGGUGUAUGGUCAUGGUACCUCAGGUCGGCACACACAGCAACGUGACGCUGCCACAACAGCUGCCUGACCAUGAUCACCUGCGAGACCUGGAGCCCCUGGGUUGGAUCCACACGCAGCCGAACGAGCAGCCACACCUGAGCCCUCAGGACGUUACCUUCCAUGCCCGGAUGUUGGCAGACAACAAGACGUGGUUGGCGGACCAGACCAUCAUCAUCACAUGCAGCUUCACGCCAGGCUUGAUCAUCAACACCUUCUACUCGAACAAGGAGAUCUUCCUUCGGGAGCUCAUCUCCAACGCCUCCGAUGCUCUGGACAAGAUUCGGUAUGAGUCCAUCACCGAUCCAGACAAGAUCGAGGUGAUCAUUCCAGACAAGACCAACUCUACGCUGACCAUCGAAGACUCCGGAAUCGGCAUGACAAAGAACGAGUUGAUCAAUAAUUUGGGCACCAUUGCCAAGUCUGGCACCAAGGCCUUCAUGGAGGCCAUGGCAGCCGGUGGUGAUAUCUCCAUGAUCGGCCAGUUCGGCGUCGGCUUCUAUAGCGCAUACCUCGUCUCCGACAAGGUCCGCGUUGUCAGCAAGCACAAUGAUGACGAGCAGUACAUUUGGGAGACUUGGUGUUGUUUUGAGAGCGGCGCCGGAGGCUCCUUCACCGUUCAGAAGGACACGGAGCUCGUGCAUGGCGAGAUCAAGCGCGGCACGAAGAUCAUCUGCUACCUCAAGGAGGACCAGUCUGAGUUCUUGGAGGAGCGACGUCUGAAGGACCUGGUGAAGAAGCACUCUGAGUUCAUCGGCUUCCCCAUCGAGCUGUACGUGGAGAAGUCCAAGGAGAAGGAGGUCACGGAUUCUGAGGAGGAGGAAGAGGAGAAGAAGGAUGAGAAGGAGGGCGAUGAGCCCAAGAUCGAGGAAGUCGACGAGGAAAAGGAGAAGGAAGAGAAGAAGAAGAAAACCAAGAAGGUGAAGGAGGUCUCGCACGAGUGGGAGCAGCUGAACAAGAACAAGCCGCUCUGGAUGCGCAAGUCCGAGGAUGUGACCAACGAAGAGUAUGCUUCCUUCUACAAGUCCCUGUCCAAUGACUGGGAGGACCACCUCGCUGUGAAGCACUUCAGCGUGGAGGGUCAACUGGAGUUCCGCGCUCUGUUGUUCGUCCCGCGCCGGGCGCCCUUCGACCUCUUCGAGACCAAGAAGAAGCGCAACAACAUCAAGCUCUACGUGCGCCGUGUCUUCAUCAUGGACGACUGUGAGGAGCUGAUGCCAGAGUGGCUGAACUUCGUGAAGGGCGUUGUGGAUUCGGAGGACUUGAAGUUCUAUGAACAAUUCGGAAAGUGCUUGAAGCUGGGCGUCCACGAGGACUCAACCAACCGCACGAAGGUGGCCGAGCUGCUGCGUUACCACACCUCCAAGUCUGGAGACGAGCAGAUCAGCCUGAAGGAGUAUGUCGACCGCAUGAAGGAGGGUCAGAACGACAUCUUCUACAUCACAGGCGAGAGCAUCGCUGCAGUGUCUUCCUCGCCCUUCCUGGAGACCCUCCGCAAGAAGGGCAUCGAGGUGCUGUACAUGAUCGAUCCCAUCGACGAGUAUUCCGUGCAGCAGCUGAAGGAAUUCGACGGGAAAAAGUUGAAGUCUACAACCAAGGAAGGUUUGGACAUCGAGGACGAGGAUGAGAAGAAGAAGCUCGAAGAGAUGAAGGCCGAGUUUGAGCCUUUGACCAAGUUGAUGAAGGAGGUCUUGGGCGACAAGGUGGAGAAGGUGAUCGUGUCUUCCAGGAUGGCGGAUUCUCCCUGCGUGUUGACCACCUCCGAGUACGGAUGGUCUGCCAACAUGGAGCGCAUCAUGAAGGCCCAGGCCCUCCGCGACAACUCCAUGACGUCCUACAUGGUGUCCAAGAAGACGAUGGAGGUGAACCCCAAGCACUCCAUCAUGGCAGAGCUGAAGAAGAAGGCGGCCGCUGACAAGAGCCUGCAUGAGGAUGCCUCCUGUGUGCGAUGGGCCGCACACUCGGCGCAGGCGGACCCCGAUCCCGGGGGCACCAGAUUCCUCACCGUCGUCUUCGCAUUGCGUUGCAAUGUGGUUGUGUCGGACCAAGAUCUUGACCCUUAUGUGGGGGUCAGAAUUGGCGAGGCCAAGAACCCGGGUCCCAGUGCUUAUGGAUCGUACCGGACCCGGCAGAAUCGGGAAGAUGGAGCAGACGCCGACAUUCCGUCCCCAUCCUUCCCCGCCAUCUUCGACGGCGACUUCAAAGGGCAGAUCAUGACGAUGAUCCAGACUAUGGUCAAGGAGGCCAUCCGAGAGGCAAUCUCCUCUAUGUUUGGCACCUCUUCGCUUCCCAGCGCCUUUGGGCAGGGUAGUAGCGGCUGCGGGAAUGCCACUACUCCCAACCUCUCCAAGGACGAGAUCGGCCCACUUUCUCAAGAACCUCUACCUGGCAAAGGCAAAGGCAAGGGACUGACUGAAGCUCCUUCCACCGAUGUUGGUCAUGGACCUAAGGCGGGCAAGGGCAAGCGAUGGUACCGGCAAAAGGAUGCCGACAAGGGCAAGGGCAAGAUGGGCAAGUCCGAUGGCAAGGGCCACUCGGACCAGCACUUUACUGAUGUUGCAGCGCCGGCAGCACCUUCGAAAGGCAGCGGCAAGGGCAAGUCCAAGGGCCAGAAAGGCAAAUCGGAUGAUCUUGGAUGGACCAUGGUUCGCUGGAAAGUCCGACCUACGGACCUUUGCUUCGACAAAGUCUUCUUUGACGAGGAGAAGUUGUCUACGCAUCUCGAUCUCGAGGAAGGCCCGGCUUUGGCACAAGCAGAUGAUGAAAAGACUCUCACCGACUUGUACGCCAUCCUCAAAGGCGGCUGCGACAAGCGCUCCCUGCUCGUUUUUACGGGCCCGUGCGGCCCUGCUUUGGAGGAGAUCCAGUUGCGCAACCCUGUCAAGACGAAGUACCUCCCUGGAACACUGAGGGGUCAAACUAGGCUGCGCAGGUGCUGGGUUGUGGGCUUCAACCCUGGCGAUCCCGAUUUCGAGCUCACGAUGGCGCCGGAGGCGGAGGCAGUUUGUGCACCGAAGCCUCAGCAGAGGUACAACGCGGCCGACACGGUCGUGUUGCGGGUCGCUGCGGCGAUGCGCUACUUGGAGCCGGACCACUGGAAACGUGUGCGCGGAGCCCCUGCCGCCGCACUCCGGGAGUGGAUUGCGCGGGCGGACUCGAAGCUCCUCCUGGCAAUCCGUGACACAUGGGGAUGGCAGGCUAUGGACGAAUCACAAGUCUCAGGACUGAUUCGUGUUUCGCCAUCGGUGGCCAGGGCUUUGCUGGCCCGGGGUGGAGAACUCCUUGGAGGACUGGUCUGGUUUUUCACUCCGCUGGAUUGGGCUAAGCUUUACUUGCAGGCGCCAAUCAACUUGUACCAGAAACCCGACGAAGGUGAGAAUGACAUCUACUACCUCAAGCGCAUGACUUCGGCUUCCUCGAACCUCGGCAUCCACCUUGGCUUCCGCGACUUGGCGAUCAGGGUCGAGGCCUCUGACCCUCGUAAUGUGCCUCGAGUGACCUCCUGGACUCUGCGCAACGUCCCCAGGGAAUGGCAUACCGAGGAGCUGGAGGUUUUGCUCCAAAAUGCCGGCUUCACCGAUGUGGCCUUUGAGACCAAGCUGCCUGGCAAGAUGGGUUCCACUUGGGGCUUUCGAGCCCUUCGCACUGACAUGCGUGAUUUCAUUCCCAUUUCGGUGGCUGCAAGCGAGGACUCUUUUGCCUUCACCCUGGAGGCGACGCGCUACAAGAGACCGGCCCCACAGCGCUUGACCUCCAAGAUCACUACUGGGGUCAAGCAUUCCUUUACUGCUUGGACGUUCCAGGAUGCGCUCUCAAAUGCAAAGGUUAAGCCCGGGCCCAAGCUCAAGAAGUCCGCCAAACUGCCUGAGACCCCGGCACCGGCGGCGGCUGACCAAGCCGAGGACAAGGACAAUGCAGAGAUCAUGGACAUCGACCAGGAUGGUGACCUUGCUCUGGCCACUGCUGGCAAAAGAGAUGCACCAGAUUCUGAACCGAGCGAGGACACACGUCCCACUGCCAAAAGCCGUACCUUUCCCCUGCCUGCUGGAGCGGAAGUGGUCUCGAAUGGGGGAAAAGGGAAUUGUCUCCCUGAAGCGGUCGCUCAGUGUUUGACACACUCGAGCGGGAAAACCCGCUCGCACAGGCAGGUCAGGAAAGCAAUGGUGAAGUGGAUGCGCGAGACCUCCUCCGCUCUCGAGGGAAAAUGGGACAAGAGAAAUAUCCAUGAUCAGCCUGCCUCCGGCACCUUCUCCGACUAUCUUGAUCAGCUGGAAAACGUGGGGGCUUGGUGCGGCAACCUUGAGCUCUACAGCCUGGCCAAAGGACUGCCGUUGAACCUCCUGGUGCUCGACUUCGACACGGGCAACCAUUACAAGUUCCCGGCCGCAACGGACUCCGACCCCUUCUGCGUCUUGAAGUUCGCUGCUAAACACUACGAGUGGGUCAAGUGUGAUCCUGCCUCUCUGGUCCACUUCUGGCAGGGAGCUCAGAUCGGGGCUAGCUAUGGUGGCAGAGGUGGUGCAUUCAUGGACUUGUCUGAUUGCGAAUCCUCCCGCCCCAGCUCCAAGCGUAAGAUUCACCUUUCUUCCGCUGCCUCUUCGUGCCCACGAAUGGAACUGUCCUUGGCGGCUACUACCACCGGAGUGAAGCAACGCGGCCAGCAGCACCAGUCAGCUUCUUCGAGGAGGGUGACUGCUGAUUCAUCCCGAAGGCCAUCGCUGCAGGAAAGCAACAACGACCAGGAGGACGUUGAUGUGGUGCUCGACUUCAGCUCCACCGCUGAGGUCGAGCCAUGGCACUGCCCGCUUUGCCCUUUCAUCGCCCACAAGGAGACUAGGAGGCUGACUUACCAGGCCAGAUGGGCGCACAACCGUAAAUUCCACCCUGGGGUCCAGGCUGGAAUUCGGAUCAAGCCCAACCUCCCAAUCAUCCGCCCCGUCGGCAACAGCAGUGUGGCACUUGGAUGGAAGUGCCCCUUUUGUGAUCAUGGGGUUCCUCAAGCUGAGUGGCAAGCGGCAACCAGGGUUGCACGGCAGACUGUGUCACCUGCUCACCGAGCUGUUCACCAUCCCCACAUCACCAUGCGCAACUGGGUUCGGCGCCUGCGCCAAUCCCAAAAGCGUCUUGCGCAACAGCGCUCCAAAGCGAGGGCGAUCAGCUUCAAUCGUGCAAUCGCCCGUGAGGCUGUUGCCCCAACCUCCAAAGACUGUGUUCGCUUUCUCUGGCCCUGGUGGAGUCCCGCUAAGGCUAGAGUUGCUUUCCGACGAGCCUGGCAGUGCUGCGUGUGCCUUCGAGCUUUCCAGAACAAGUCCGAGUUCCGGAAUCACCGCUGUGACGACCCCUGCCAUCGCAAGGCCGCCUUCCGUGCUGCAAGGUUGGCCAAGUUGAAACAGCUCAGGCCUCUCUUCAACAAAGAUCCUGAUUUUUCGAGAGCGGAAGCUGACAACAUCUGGGCCAAUGCAGCCAAAGCUUUCCGAGGAAUCGCCUUGACCCCGUGA